AUGCUGUCCGCUCUGGAGGCCAAGACCCAGCUGCUGUCUAGCUUUCACCCCCAGACCGCCGGCCAGACUGAGCGGACGAGCCAGGAGUCGGCAAAGACACUGCACUGCCUGGUGGAGAAAUCCCUGCCCUCCUGGGAGGCCUCGCUCCCCUGGGGAGGUGUGCCCUCCUGCAGGAUUCUCAGCCCCCUGGUGUGUCUGAGGAGCUUGCCCUUGAACACAGUUGGAUGGCCCUUCACAAACUCCUCCCCUGCAGCCGGCACAACGGCACUGUGUGCCUGCCGCCAGUGCAUCUCUGUUGAGGAUGAAGACCCCUGGUUCAGGAAGCGCUUUAACACGUCCAUAUCGCCGCUCUUGUCACAGAAGAACGCCAUGCUGUCUGACGACACCUUUCAAUGGUGGCAGAGGCUACAGACUAAGAAAAAUGCCAACUACAGUGCUUUGGUGCAGAAACUAUUCAAGGUUGUCCCUGGGGAGGGACAUUACAACGACUCAGGGCCCAAUCGCUGCAGGACUUGCGCUGUAGUCGGGAAUUCUGGGAACCUCAAGGGAUCUGAUUACGGAGCCCUCAUUGACUCCAAUGACUUCGUCAUAAGAAUGAACAAAGCUCCCAUUUUGGGCUAUGAAAAGGACGUAGGGAACAGAACCACCCAUCGUGUCAUGUACCCAGAAAGUGCCACAAACCUGCAAAAGGACACAAGUCUGCUGCUGAUACCAUUCAAGACUUUGGAUCUGGAGUGGAUUACUAGUGCUCUGACCACAGGCACUGUGAAACGCACCCGGAUGCCGGUGAUGGCCAAGAUUAAUGCAGACAAGAAUAAGGUGUUAAUAUACAACCCCACGUUCUUAAAGUACGUCUAUGAUGUGUGGCUUGAACGCCAUGGGCAAUAUCCCUCCACCGGCUUCUUAACCUUGAUGUUCGCCAUCCACGUAUGUGAUGAGGUGAAUGUUUUUGGAUUUGGAGCAUCCAAGGACAGAACCUGGCAGCAUUACUGGGAGACAAGGAAAUUUCUCCAGUCAAUGCCAACCGGAGGGCAUGCUGGAGACUAUGAGUCCAUCACCAUGAAGCUGCUGGCCUGUAAAAAUAAAAUGAAGUUGUUUGAAGGGAGAUGAGGGUAACCAUUGGCUGUGAAAUGAACAGGACUGCCGAACGGCCUUAAAGGCUGAAGUUAGAGCAUGGUAAAUGGUUGGCAUUUAUAUAGCGCCUUUUUCCAAAGCGCUGUACAAUUGAUGCUUCUCAUCCACCCAUUCAUACACACACACACACCAACGGCGAUUGGCUGCCAUGCAAGGCACCGACCAGCUCGUCAGGAGCAUUUGGGAGUUAAGUGUCUUGCUCAGGGACACUUCGACACAGCCUGGGUGGGGGAUCGAACUGGCAACCCUCCGGCUGCCAGCUGACUGCUCUUACUGCCUGAGCCAAUGAGACGACUGCUCUUACUGCCUGAGCCAAUGAGACGACUGCUCUUACUGCCUGAGCCAAUGAGACAACUGCUCUUACUGCCUGAGCCAAUGAGACGACUGCUCUUACUGCCUGAGCCAAUGAGACGACUGCUCUUACUGCCUGAGCCAUGUCGCCCCCUUAGCAGCACUGGCUUC